AUGAACGUACUCGAUCCCAUCAUCGACGUCGCGCCGAUCACGAACGUACAGCCAACGUACUCCAAAGGGCCUCGGUAUGGGCCAACGCACGUCGACUACGCGGCCAACCACCACUACCGGGUGGACUCGGCUGAUGUUGACACGGUGACGAUUGCCGACGAAGACGGGUGCCCCGAGGUUCCGUGUCGCGAGGUCUUGGACUUUGAGAAUGGCAAGUGCACGUACACGCAGCUGCCGCGCGGUACGCUCUGCCCGGGCCAGAGCUGCGACAACGGCGGUCCGUGCGAUGCCGACGAGAAUGACUACUGCGACGGCGACGGCACGUGUCUGAACGGCUACAAGGACCAAACCACCGUCUGUCGCAGGGCCCGCAACCUCUGCGACGCGGCCGAGCACUGCAGUGGCGACAACAGCCAGUGCCCGGACGACGAGUUUGCGCCGUCGUCCAAAGUGUGCACCAAAAUGGGCAAGUCCACGGACGGCCCGUGCGACGCACCCGACUACUGCGACGGCCGUGGUCGCUGUGUGGACAAGUUUCAGUCCAACAGACAUGUUUGCCGCCACGCGGUCGACGUCUGUGACGAGGCAGAAACGUGCACGGGUGUCAGCGGCGACUGCCCGAGCAACAGCUUUGCACGCAAGGGUAUCGAGUGCACCUCGAUUGGCAAAUCUUCGGGCGGCGCGUGUGACGACGUUGACCGCUGCGACGGCUACGGCAAGUGCAUUGACCACUUCAAAGGCACGAAGCAUCUCUGCCGCCGGGAAGUCGACGUUUGCGACGAGCCCGAGUAUUGCUCGGGCGAAUGUGGCGUCUGUCCCGACGACGUCGCCGCGCCCAUGGGCAAGGUCUGCACACAGAUUGGCAAGUCGAGUGGUGGCAAGUGCGAUGGCGUCGAUGUCUGUGACGGGCACGGAGGCUGCAUCGAAACGUUCCUUGGCAGCGACGUAGUCUGCCGCCAAGCGAGUGAUAUUUGCGACGUGCCCGAGUAUUGCACGAGCUACAACGGCAAAUGCCCCCACGACACGUUUGCGCCCCGAACGACCGAGUGCACGUCGAUCGGAGCGUCGUCCGACCACGCGUGCGACGGCGUCGACUACUGCGACGGCAGCGGCAAGUGCGUCGAUACCAUUGCGAAGGACACGUUGUGUCACGCCGCCGAGGACCUCUGCGAUACGAGCCGCUUUUGCAACGGCGUCCACGCCUGGUGCCCCCAUAACAACGAGGACGCACACUACGGUGACGACUACGCCUCGGCGUUCGCGUACAAGGCGCGCCAGUGCUCGGCCAAGGCGACACAGAAGUUUGUUUCGGUGUACGAUGCGCCUGGGGGCCAAGCGGCGCUGCUCUUGGUUGCUGUCGCCAUGGUGGGUGCCGUCGCGGCGAUCGUUGCCGUCUCCGUGUCCAAGAAGGAUGGGCCGUCGGUCAUCUCGAUGGAAGAUGGCUACGUGCCGCUGACGCAAGACAUGCACUAA